AUGAAGUUUGCCUUGUUCUUGCUGGUUGCCCUUAUGGCUGUCGCUUAUGUCAGCUCGGCCUAUUCCGACCGCAGGCAGUACGUUCGUAAUUACUACCACCGUGGAUACGGAUAUAGACGUGGAUACGGAUAUGGACGACCAUACGGCUAUGGACCUGGCUAUGGCUACGGAUCUAGACAUGGUUACUAUGGCUACGGAUCUAGACAUGGUUACUAUGGCUACGGCCGCCCAUAUGGCGCCUACCGUUACCGUUACCAUGGCAAAUAUCCUGGUCGCUGCGGACCUGACGGUGUGUACGCCAGAUCUGCCAGCUCUCUGGUCUUCUGUUCCAACGGCCGUGCUCUGGUCCAGAACUGCGCUCCAGGAUCUGCUAUCAGCAAGAUGCAACUAGGAAAAUACUACUCCAUGGCCGUCUGUGACGUCAACCUUGUUAAUUGGGGCUAA